GGUGGUCAUUUCCGUCUAUUUCAAAAGCUAAGGCGUAUUAAGAGGAAAAUAAAUAAAUAUUCGAGACUCAGAAACUCAAAUCAGUCCAGUAGUCCGCUGUUUCUUCCCCGGUCCGUGUUUCCCUUUGAGGCAAACCAACAAACAAACGCUCACAUUUUCGCGCGGCGUUGCAUUUGAUGCAAGUACUCAGCGAAUAUAUUCUUUGCAUAAUUGCGUUACUAGUUGAUUAUCACGUUUCUCAGACUGAUGAAUAGUAGUUUCAAUUCACCGAAUCCGCUGAAGAACGCAUACUGUAUUUAUUUAUUUUUAAUUGUAAACCCUAGCUGCGGUUUGAUGUUUCUCUUGUAGGAAUUAUAAAAGUUAAAUGUCUUCAAGCAAUUUGGUUGCAGAAGCAGUUUGGAGUGAGAUUAAAUCGACUCGUUCAGUUACAGAUAAUCAUCUUUCCAUUUCAGAUUGCAUUUCUUGUACGGGAAGAACCUCGAGCGUGCUACAAAGAUAGUUGAUCAGAGAGGUGUAAAGAGAAUUGUUGGAGAACCUAGUGGCCGUUGCGUUUUUCAGGUUGUGGGGGAAUCAAGGAGAAAAGAAGAGUAUUUCUGUUUUGCUGAACAUUAUUGUGCUUGUUAUUCAUUCUUUUACGACAUUGUCAACAAAGGAGAACAGAUUUGUUGCAAGCACCAAUUAGCUGCACAACUUGCUGUAUCUGUAGGAGCUUGUGUGGAGGUCAAGGUGUCUGAUGAGGAGCUAGCGCUUCUUCUUUCCAAACUCUGAUAACUUAGAGCGUAAGAGAUGAAGUGCUUAAGUCCGGUCCACUUGUUUCGUACUGUGAUGAAAACAAAUGAACUGAAGCCAGGACGGCUGCUAGGUUUGGAUGUGGGACACAAAUAUGUUGGGUUGGCUAUAUCAGAUCGUGAAAAUAGAGAAGCUUUACCUCUAAGCGUAUUAGUCCGUAAACAGACAAAUAUUGAUCUAAUGGCAAAAGAUUUCCGAACUUUGAUUUCCGAACUUUCUUUAGGGGGGCUCGUUAUCGGCUGCUGUUAUACUCGAAAUGUUUCACAAGUAGAAAGUUUCCAAGUAAAAGAUCUAGUUCAAGAUCUCCGUAAGCGAGAAGAACUUGAAGAUGUAAAAUUUACAUAUUGGGAGGAGCAUUUUACUUCAAAGAUCGUUCUGAAUACCAUAAACCCUCUGAAGUAUCUCCAUAAUAAUAACAAAAUUGUGGACUACAAGGCUGAGGCAAUAAAUCGUCGCCGUUUUGAUGAGAAAACUGCCGUCGACAAACUUGCUGCAGUUGCUAUACUCCAGGAGUACCUGGACUUCAUGAACAGAAGUUCACAGUUGCACAAUCCUUCUAGCACCCAUGAUAUAGAGAGAUCAGUAGGUGGUGGGACUUAACUUAAAAAGGCGAGAGUAAAAUUUGCUUGAUAGUUGAAAACAAGGCCGGACUCGGAAGUCUCUCGGGUAUAAGACACGCGUUUCUUUUUUUAAUCAGGUUUUGCUGCAGUUAAAGAGCAAAAUCCGAUCUCUCUUUAUCUGGUUGUUGUGUUAAAAAUGGGAGUUCAUCGAUUAUCUAUGAGAGCGGUGAGUUAGCUAAGUCAUUGCUCUUAAGCAAUUCUUGUUCUAGAUCCUCUUCUUUCUUAAACUAGUGUCAUCCAAAACCUCUGUACUUUUUACUCUAAUUAUAUGAAGUGAGGAGUUAUAAUUUUAGUUUUUGCAAGAACAAA